AUGUCAAAUCCGGAGCGGCAAGUUUUUGCAGUUUGUUUUUGUUUUUUAUAUUCGUUUUCUAGCGACAAUGAAGUUGCUAAAGCCUGCCUGGGUGACACAUGAUGGUAAACCCAUCUUUUCUAUUGAUAUCCAUCCUGAUGGAUCAAGAUUUGCAACAGGGGGUCAAGGAGAGGAUUCUGGGAAAGUUGUCAUCUGGAAUAUGGCUCCAGUGGAGCAUGAAGAGUCAGAAACAAAUGAGAAUGUACCCAGGAUGCUUUGCACAAUGGAUAAUCACAUAGCGUGUGUGAAUUGUGUACGAUGGUCUAACAAUGGCAAAUACCUGGCUUCAGCUGGCGAUGAUAAACUUAUUAUGAUCUGGCAGACCAGUAGAUAUGCUGGACCUUCAACUACAUUCGGGACAGGGGGCAGCACAGUCAAUGCUGAGCAGUGGCGCUGCGCUGCAACUUUACGUGGUCACUCAGGAGAUGUUCUUGGCUUAGCAUGGUCCCCAACAGAUAAUUGGUUAGCUUCAUGCAGUAUUGAUAACUCAAUUAUCAUAUGGAAUGCCUUAAAGUUCCCAGCUAUAGAGCAGGUUGCAGUUCUGAAGGGUCACACUGGACUGGUGAAAGGAGUAACAUGGGACCCUGUAGGAAAAUAUAUUGCAUCACAGUCGGAUGACAGAACUUUGCGUAUUUGGCGUACGUUGGACUGGCAGUCAGAAACUGUAGUUAAAGAGCCUUUCGUAGAGGCAGGAGGUACCACCCAUGUGUUAAGGCUUGAUUGGUCCCCUGAUGGCUUUUACGUAGUGUCAGCGCAUGCAAUGAACAACUCCGGGCCCACUGCUCAGAUCAUAGAAAGAGAUGGCUGGGCAACAAAUAUGGAUUUUGUAGGACAUAGAAAAGCUGUUACUGUCGCACGGUUUAAUCCCAAGAUUUUUGCUAAGAAGAUUAAGAAAGGUUCGAGCAGUCCUCAGCAAUAUUCUUGUUGUGCCAUAGGUAGCAGAGACAGGUCGCUUUCAAUAUGGUUGACAGCAUUGAAGCGCCCUCUAGUGGUGUUACAUGAUUUAUUUAAGAACUCAGUGAUGGACAUAAGCUGGACCCCCAGUGGAACAGGGAUGCUCUGCUGCUCAUGGGAUGGCACAGUGGCAUACACAACAUUUACGCAUGAGGAAAUUGGACAACCAAUCACAGAUGAGGAAAAAAAUGGCGUAUUUAAAAAAUUCUAUGGGAAGUCGGCCAAGUCUCUAACAAGCAGCACUAACGAAACCAAUCAAAUCAUUGAGUCAGCCGCCAUCUUGAGACUUCAACAACAGAAAGAAAAUGCCAAAAAAUCGUUACUUCAACAUGAAACGCCAAGCAAAACUCUGAAUGGAAUAGGAGGAAACUCGAAUUCGACACAAACUCCAAUAAAGCCAACAAAUAAACAAAUAGAAACACGAACACCUGAUGGUAGACGUAGGAUCACUCCAAUAUUCCUGGCACCUCAACCUGAGAUGGGAGAGGCACCUUUACCAUUUGGUGCUGGUAAUCUGGCUUUCUCCACCAGCACAGAAAGAAGUUCAAUCAUCGUAGAGAAGUCAGAUUCCAAUUUUAGUCCCGAUGUAUCGAAAGUCUCAAGUGAUGAAAAACAGCUGAGUAGUAAGGAAAAAGACAAGCGCCCUCUCUCUCAAAUACAGCCAAUAUCUGCACUCGAUUCAACAGCGAGUGACAAACCAAAAAUACACAAAGAAAAAGCCAAAGACAGUACUGAAAAUGAUAAAACAAAGGAAAAAGAUAUUCACAAAUCAAAAUCUGCUUCGUCAAAUGAAAAAGUGAAAAAGAGGCUAGAUCUGGGGGGUGGCCCGUCUCAUAAAAGGAAACGCAAAGACGAUGUUUCAAUGAGAUUAGCACCCCCUCCACCCCCUGCUGCGGCUGUCACAACUGUGCCCUCUACCACCACUCACUCUAUACAUGUUCAACCCACAGGACUCAACUUGCAAGCUCUCACCAUAGAUAAACAGUACUCAAUGAAUAUUUCACCAGUAGAGGGCAGUCCUGAAAAUGACAUCAUAAUUGAAGUAGAGAAUAAUGUUGUGACAUCAUCUGGUGUUAGUUUACAUCGACUCAGGUGCAUCAAAAGUGGACAGCUGACAUGGGAGGCAGUUAACAGCAGUAGAAUAAUAGCAAUCACUGGAAAUAGCAAUAUUGUGUGUUCUGCAUGUGCAGAUUGCUCAAUCAACCUCUAUAGUCUUCCUGGUAGAAAGCUCCUGCCUUCAUUGGUGUUUGACGCUAAGGCUGCAGUUCUGACUUGCAAUGGAGAAUACCUCAUGUUGGUCACAUGUAGGGGUUCAUUAUACAUCUGGAAAAUUCCGGAGAUCUCAACUGUGAUACGCAAUGAAUCUUUAGCUGCAAUAAUAUCUGGUUCUGUAACACUGACUAGUGGGAAUGUAACUGAGGAAGGAUUCCCAAUUGUGACACUAUCCAACAAUAAAUUGUACACAUUUAAACCUGACCUUGGUUGCUGGUUAUCCAUACCAAGACGUGAAGACCCCUUGACACAAUUAUCAGAUCAUCACUCCUGUCUACCACAAGAUGGACGCCAUUCUAAAGGCCCCUUAGCAACUUUACAACAACAGAAAAAUAAAGCUGGAAGUCAAGCCAAUAGAAUAUUCCAAACUGACCCCACACUUCAACAAUCAACAACGAUUAGUCAUUUAGAAAACCAAGUGAAUCUAUCAUUAGCUUUGAAGUCAUCUACUGAGUAUAGGUUCUGGCUCUCGACUUAUCUACGGUACUUAGCACAAGAAGGUAUUGAAAAUAAGUUGCGUGAGAUAUGUGAUGAUCUGUUAGGACCAUUGUACAAAAGUAAAACAAACAACUGGCAAUCAAAAAUAUUGGGUGUAUGUAAACGCAAACUUCUACAGGAAAUUUUACCAGUUAUUGGUUCUAAUCUGAGGUUACAAAGACUCUUCACUGAAUAUCAAGAACAAUUGGACACAUUGAUCACCUGAUAUUGCAACACACUAAAUGUGGGACAUACAACAUAAUGAAUUCUCCCAGUUUGUCAAUC